GUGGCUGCUCUCUUCUUGGAUAUCCCAAGUUCUUAAGCAAUGAGCAGACGUGCACGCGUUCUUGCAACCAAUUCCCUCGACCAUUCUAUUUAGAUGAACGGCAGUCUGGUCUGUCUCCCUUGAAACUGUAUCUCUUGCGGCGCAUUACCCCCAAUACUCGCGAUCUCGACGAAUCCUCAUCCCGCCAACGAAGCUCGCAGAACUUGGGAUCCCGGCUCUAAAACAUAUAAGGCGACCACAAUGGCUCCCCAUCCCGUCGAAGGCGCCGCCGGCGGGCAAUCGCCCAAAAAGCAGCUGCGCACGUGGUGGAAGGAGAGCUCUGUGUACCAGGUCUAUCCGGCAUCGUUCCAGGACUCGACCGGCGAUGGCGUCGGCGACCUCAAGGGCAUCAUCUCGCGCGUCGACCACUUCAAGUCGCUGGGCGUCGACAUCGUCUGGCUGAGCCCCAUCUUCGAGAGCCCCCAGGUCGACAUGGGCUACGAUAUUAGCAACUACCGCAAGAUCCACGAGCCCUACGGCACCGUCGAGGACGUCGACGUCCUCAAAAACAAGCUCCACGAGCGCGGCAUGAAGCUCGUGCUCGACCUUGUGGUCAACCACACGAGCGACCAGCACGAGUGGUUCAAGCAGUCGCGCAGCUCAAAGGAGAACCCAUACCGCGACUGGUACAUCUGGCGCAAGCCAAAGUACGACGCCCAUGGCAACCGCCAGCCGCCCAACAACUGGAAGUCGCAUUUCCAAGGCAGCGCUUGGGAGUGGGAUGAGACCACCGGCGAGUACUACCUCCGCCUCUUCGCAAAGGAGCAGCCCGACCUCAACUGGGAGAACCCCAAGGUGCGCGACGCCGUUCACGCCAUCAUGCGCUUCUGGCUCGACAAGGGUGCCGACGGCUUCCGCCUUGACGUCAUCAACUUCAUCAGCAAGCCCCAGGACUUCCCUGACUCAGACCAGGAGGUCCUCUCCGGCUCCGAGCUCUACUCCGCCGGGCCCCGGCUGCACGAGUACCUCAAGGAGCUGGGUGCCAUCCUGCAAGAGUACGAUGCCUUUAGCGUCGGUGAAAUGCCCUGUGUCAGGGAUCCCAACGAGGUCAUCAAGAGCGUCAAUGGGGACCGCGGCGAGCUGAGCAUGAUUUUCCACUUUGAGUUUGUCGACAUCGACAUCGGCCCUCACGGCAAGUUUUCCCCCAAGGAGUGGGAUCUGGCCGACCUCAAGGGCAUCGCCGACAAGUGGCAGCGUUUCAUGUACACUAACAACGGCUGGAACGCGCUGUACCUUGAGAACCACGAUCAGCCGCGCUCCAUCAGCCGCUUCGCCAACGACGCGCCCGAGCACCGCGUUGACAGCGCGAAAAUUAUCUCCAUGUUCCAAGCCUUCCAGGCCGGCACGCCCUUCGUCUACCAGGGCCAGGAGAUCGGCAUGGUCAACGUCCCCAAGGAGUGGCCGAUGGAGGAGUACAAGGACAUUGACUGCCUGAACCAUUGGAAUCUGAACAAGGACUCCAAGGACCAGGACUACCUGAAGCUUCUCAAGUCACAAUACCAAAAGAAGUCGCGCGACAACGCGCGGACGCCGAUGCAGUGGAGCGCCGGGCCUAACGCGGGUUUCACGACGGCCGACGCCAAGCCGUGGAUGACGGUUCACCCGAACCACACGGAGAUCAACGCCGAGUCCCAGGUAUCCGAUCCCAACUCCGUCUUCAACUUUUGGAAGACCGUCCUCGCGACGAGGAAGAAGCACCUCGAUAUCUUUGUCUAUGGCGACUUCAACCUCGUUGACGAGAAGCACAAGCAGAUUGUUGCGUACGCACGGCGAUCCGAUGAUGGCGCUGUCGCAGUUGUUGCCUGCAACUUUUCUUCCGAGACUGUAGAGUGGACGGGAUUGAAGGGCGGCGUCAAAGAGGUACUGGUUACCAAUGGCGGGAAGACGGCGAAAGACUUUAGCGGAGAUAAGGUUGCACUUGGACCAUAUGAGGGAGCGGUGGUGCUUUUGGAAGCCUAAGUUAUGACCCGGCUUGGGAAGUAGAAAUGUAGAUUAUAGACAGAUUUUGAAUAGAUUGCGUUUCUUUAUCAUGCUUCUACCACGUUUGAUAUGGCACACAGCGUGCUGUGCUACUGUAAGCUUUGCAGUCGUUAAGAAGCUACGUCAGAAUGUGCGCAAGACUUACUGGUGCUCAAGAUUGCAGGUUGCGAGAGACUGGGGGGGGAGGGGCGAU